AUGUCACGCCCAUCGUCCACCUCGACCUACUCCGGCAACAAUGCAUUUCCCCAACAGGCAGGCACCACCCUCCUCUCGCCGGAGAAAGCCAAUGGACAGCUCUCACCCGCGCACUCUCAGUUCUCUUUUGCAUCGUCGCCCCAGUCGGUCCAGGACAUCGAGCACGACUCCCGGAACCGCGCUCCGAGUGCCGCCGCGGAUGAAGUAGGUCCCCUGCGGCCCAUGACUUCGCGCUCGCGUGCACAGUUCUACGAGGAUCAAUUCUCCUACAAGGACGGCAUGGCGUCGUCGGCUCGCGACCGUGUGACCAAGGAUGCCCCCAUUGUAGCCGAGCUGCGGACAAACGUUAUCAUCAAAGACGAAUACACCCUGGUCACCGACCUCUCGCACCACCUCUCGACGCGCUAUCAGAGGCCAGAAGCCUCCAUCAUGAUAACGGUCAACCACUCAGCAUGCCUGCUCCUCGGUGGUUCGUUUGAGCCCACAUACAUGCUCACCAUUAACGCUCUGCCUGUACAACUGCAACCCACGACCAACAAACGUAAUGCCGCCCUGAUUCAGACGUUCAUGGCUGAGUCAAUCGGCGUUGCGCCGGAGCGUGGCGUAGUCAAAUUCGUACCCAUCCCCGAAGAGAGCCUUGCCAUGAACGGCAUGACUAUCCUCGGCGAAAUUGAGCGCUUGGAGCGACAGCAAGCCGAGGAGACUGGUAGCAACAUCAAGCGUGCCAUGACCAAGAGCUCGCGCAGAUCUGGUGUCUUCAAAGCAAAGAGUACCAUGCAGCUGUCUCGUGGUCUAUCCAAGGCUGACCAUGGCGCAAGACCAGUCGUCACCACUGAGGUUUCUCACGACGCAUCCCGCGAUUCCGGAGUAGCUGUCAACGAGAAGAUUGACGACAGCAGAAUCGUCAACAAGAAGUCUGAACCCAUACUCUCCAAGUUCGGCAAGAGGUCCGCGUCUGCCGCGCACCCAGCGCCGCCUCCUAUCCCUGCCGACAGGCCUAUGACUUCAGGAAUGACCAAACGCAAGAGCUUCAUGAGCGUCUUCCGCAAAUGA